UACUUCUCCACGUAUUAGAGUUACAAGAACAGGCUUUUGUAUUUCUCUUUUCUCUCUCUCUCUCUCAUCGUAGAUCUGAGAGUCUCACAGAUUACAGGGUUCCACGGAGUUGAUUCUAGCCCCGAUUCCCUCCACUCGGAUCCCCCUACCCGCGGAUCUUGGAGCUCAGUGUGUGAGUGAGUAAGGUUGGGGUUUGCGAUGGCUCCCACGACGAUCCGGAAGGCGAUUGGGGUCGUGAAGGACCAAACCAGCAUAAGGAUUGCGCAGGUCGCCAGCAACAUGGCGCCGGAAAUGGAGGUCGCCGUUGUCAGGGCCACCAGCCACGACGACUACCCCGCCAGCGAGAAGUACCUCAGGGAGAUCUUGGACCUCAUGUCGCACUCGCGCGGCUACGUCCUCGCAUGCGUAUCCGCGGUGUCCAAGCGUUUGGGGAAGACGCGCAACUGGAUUGUGGCGGUCAAGGCGCUCAUGCUCUUGCACCGGCUCAUUGACGAGGGUCCCCCCCUGUUCCAGGAGGAGAUCCUUUACGCCACCCGCCGAGGAACACGGCUCCUCAAUAUGUCUGAUUUUAGAGACGAGGCUCACUCCAUGUCCUGGGAUCACUCCGCUUUUGUGAGGUCCUAUGCUACGUAUCUCGACCAGAGGCUUGAGUUGAUGCUGUUUUAUAGAAAGAGCACCGACGCCGGUACCUGUGGUGGUAGUGUUGGCGGCGACGGUGCUGAUGAUAGAUUUGGCGGAGGGGACAAUUUCCGGUGGGCGCCGUAUGAGUACGGUGGUGGGGACAUGAGUGAAUCGGUGACUCCUUUGAGGGAUAUGACUCUGGAUAAGAGGGUUUUCGAUAAGAUGGAUCAUUUGCAGAGGUUGUUGGAUCGGUUUCUGGGUUGUAGGCCUACUGGGUCUGCGAAGCAUAGUAGGAUGGUUUUGGUUGCUUUGUAUCAUGUGGUUAGGGAGAGUUUUCAAUUGUAUGCUGCUAUAUGUGAGGUUUUGGGUUUGUUGUUUGACGACUUCUUCAUUGAUAUGGAGUACGUCGAUUGCGUGAAGGCUUUUGAAGCUUUUGACAGUGCGACUACGCAGUUUGAUGAGCUUGUUGGUUUUUAUAAUUGGUGUAAGGAUAUUGGUGUGGUGAGGUCCUCGGAGUACCCUGAGGUUCAGAGGAUUGCCACCAAGUUGCUUGAGACGAUGGAGAAGUUUGUGAGGGACAUGGCUAAGAGGCCGAAGAGUCCCCAGACAAAAGAGGAGGAGCCGGCACCAGAUAAGAACGAAAUCAAGGCAUUGCCUCCUCCGGAGAAUUAGUACUUCUCCAUGAAUUUCAUCAGCAGCACCAGCACCAGCACAGUAACGUAGGGUAUUUUCUGCUGUGGGAACUUCAUAAGCCUUAAUCGUAUCGUAUGAUAUAAUUUUCCAGCAUCAAUUGCAUCCGGUGUCGCUAUUUCUUCAGCGUUUUCAUCAA